GCUGACCUUCUAAAAUGAAUUAUAAUGAAAAUUUUGCUCAGUUAGGUUUCAGAAUACAAAAUGGCUUACGCAGUGGUCCAUUUUAUCGAAGAUGAUGUGUUCAGUGAAGUUCCUGUAAGUUGGCUGAAUUUCGACAAUACUGAAUGUGUCUGGCCCCCGAAUAAUCCUAAAAAUGUUAGAAAUUUAAUAAAAAUGAGAGCUGCCCCCAAAAGUGACUGGCCCUCUCACAAAGUAAAUUUGGAGGGAAUAUAUGAGAAAUAUGAAAAGGCGAUUAAAAAAGCAGGGAAUAACGAUUAUACUUCUUCUGCUGAUGAAGUUAGAGGAAGGGGGAUGAGAAAGAAAAUUCCUCAGUACUCUUCAAGUGAAUCAGGUGAUAGUAUGACUCCACCUCCUUUCAUAAACUUACAAGGGACUGAAGUGAUAUGGGAGCAGUCUGAUAAUGCAUUCAGUAUGACUGAUAUGAUCUCUGUUGAACAGAAUAUUGAUGUAAAUUCACUUGAGGACAUUACCCCAUUCCACGAUGAGGCUAUAAAUAAAGCUAGCUCUAGUACACAUCACAUCACCUGCGCCAGCACUCAAGCAGAAUUCGUACCUUAUGAAAACAAGUUGGAGAAAAAAAUUGAUGUACUAUUGGCUUUGGUCAAUUCAAUGUCCAUAAAAAUGGAAGAAAUGAAUGAAAGGCUCAAACAUAUAGAAGUUACCCAACAACCGAACACUGCCAAUUUAAAAUUCUUUCUGGAGAAUCUUCCAUGUGAUAGCAUGGAAGAUAUGAAAAGACUAAAUGACCUGCUGGAGAAGGAGGAAGAGAAAAAUAACUUUAUUAACUACCUUCAAACAAUUGGCGGUGCACACCCUAAAGAUAGGGUGAAGAGAAUGAUGAAAACCAUUAUGACAAACAAGUUAGCAUUGAGUUGCUCCUGGCUGGGCUUGAGGAAUAAUAUAAGAGCAAGUGAUUUCCUCUGCAUAAAAAUAGCUCAAAGUUUUGCAAGUCAGUCUUUUAUUCAAAAUGCCGAAUUCGAGAAGAUAGCAGCCGAGUGGAUAAGGCUAGCCUCAUUGAGAUUUAAACGAGAAAAAUGAAUAUUGUUUGGUGUAAUUUAAUCAUAUGAAUGUUUUUUAAUCAGAUUAUAAUUUUCCAAUAAUUCU